CUCCACACACAGACACAUUGUUGAUGUGUGUGUGUGUUCCGCAAUUCACACAGGAAGUUGUGCAACAAGAAGUGGGCCGGUCGGACGGUAAGUGAUAGAAAUCAUCUGAACUCUGAUGAAGCAAGAUCCGGUCCUGGUCGCUCGGAGAAAGGCCAAAACACAUUGCCCGUCAAUAUUCAUAGCUGGCUCUGGGAGGUCGACCGCAGGGAGAGAUCACCCCUUUGAGCAGAAGGACGGGAGGAACUGACUGAGAAGCUGAAGGACCGUGCACCGACAGAGAGUGAACCGAUCUGGGACCCCACUGAGGCAAGGGAUCAGCACAUUGGUUGGGUUUGACAUUAAGAUCAUGGCGACGCAAGAGCUGGCACCACCACCGGAAGGCGCAACGCAGGGCACCGCCACCCUCCACCGGCAGCUGGAUCCUAAUGAACUCCAGUCCAUCAUGCCCUUGAUGAACUUCAACAUGGCGGAGUUUGUGGCGCAGGUAGAGGAGGAAGACGCAGCCUUCUGUCGGCAGAGGGUGAGGGGCUACAAUGCUCGGAUGAGGAGCGAACUGAGGAGGCUGAAGAGCUUCGAGAGCUACCCGUCGUUCUCCACCUGGAGUCCCGAGGAGAUGGCGGACGCGGGUUUCUACUACACGGGCACCAAGACCUACAUGCAGUGUUUCUGCUGUGGGGGAGUCCUCUCCAGCACCAGCCUCACCAAGACCCCGUGGUUGGAACACAGGCAGUUCGAGCCCGACUGCGGCUUGGUCAAGGCACUGGACGUUGGUGAUGUUCCCAAGUAUGCCGUGCGGGUCCAGCCACCCGGCAAGAUCCUGCAGAGCCAACGGCAGCAGCUAGUGGAGGAGAGGAGCCGGCUCGAGAGCUUCGGGAGCUGGCCUUUCUACGCUCCAACGGAGCCCGCUCUGUUGGCGGGAGCUGGGUUUUUCUACACAGGCAGCAAGGACCAAGUGCAGUGUUUCUCCUGUGAUGGCAGCCUUGCCAACUGGGAGGAAGGGGACGACCCAUGGCAGGAACACGCCAAGUGGUUCCCUCAGUGCGAGUAUCUGCAGGGACAGAAAUCCGAGGAAGAAAGGGACCAGUACUGCCGGAGCUACAUCGGAUUUCCUGGGGUCAUGGCUGCCCACUUUCUGAGCCUCCCGGCAUUGGACGACCUUCCCCCAUCGCCAUUGACUCGCAGCGAUGAUCCGGUAUCACGGCCAGACCCAGGCUGGGGUUGGAAUAUUUUCGUGGCUGAGAGGACCCGGCUGGAGUCGUUCCACACCUGGCCAUCAUGGUGCAGCACCAGCCCAGCUGAGUUGGCAGAAGCUGGAUUCUUCUACGAAGGUUUGGGGGACAGAAUUCAGUGUUUCUGCUGCGGAGUUCAUCUACACAAAUGGGAGGAAGGGGAUAACGCUUGGACGGAACACCAGAGACACUCGCCCCAGUGCCCGUACCUUCAGGCGAGAAACAAGGACGGCGGAGAUGUGGGUCGGGCACGGAUUCAGGAAUCAUCCCCCAACAUGCCGGAUGUGGAAACCCGAGAGAAGGAGGAUCCCUUUGCUGGAGGGAUCCCGUCCAGUGAGGGGGACUGGGCCGAGACCAUCAGGGGGAUGAGGAGGCGUCUGCGGGAGCUGUACCUCUCCUCCGAAUUCGCCACCGUCUCCUUCAACGGCUGCGUCUCCGUCGACCUCCGCCGCUGCUAUGCGGAGCCGUGCCUAGCGCUGAGGGACCUGGCGGGCAGGGAGGUGCGCCGCCUGGUCCUGCCCGAGCUGCUGCGUGACCUCCGCCGGGUGACCCUGCUGGAGGGCGAGGCGGGCACGGGCAAGUCGGCCCUCCUCAGGCAGGUGGCGCUGCUCUGGGCGUCCGGCCGCUGCCCCCUGCUGUCCCGCUUCGCGCUGGUGCUGCACGUGCCGGGCGGCGGCGCGGGCCAGAGCGCGGGCGCCGCCCCCGGCGGGCGCUGCCUCGGCGCUCUGGCCGCCCGGCUGGGCGAGCGGCUGCUGGUCCUGCUGGACGACUCCGGCGAGGCCGGCCCCCCGCCCGUCGAAGAGGAGGAGCUGGUGCGCGCCAACCACCGGAGCGGCGGCGCCGCCGUCCUGCUGGCCCUGAGGACCGACAGGGCCGCCGGCGCGCGGCGCUUCGCCGACGCCGCGGUCUCCAUCGUCGGAUUCCCGCUCUACAGCAGCGCGCGCCUCCUGAAGGCCAUGUUCGCCCACGACGUGCCGCGCCUGCGCAGGUUCGUCCAGGACAUCGGCUAUUCCGAGACGCUGAGGGGGGCCCUGAAGAGCCCGCUGUUUGCCCUGGCCCUCUGCCAGCACUGGGUGAGGGAGCCGCUGGACGCCGGCGUCAGCUGCGUCACCCUGUUUCGCGCCUUCCUGGACCACGCCGUCGGCCGGCGUGGCGGGGCCGAGCCGGCGAGGACCACUCUGGCGACCUGCGGGCGCCUGGCGCUGACCGGCUUCCUCGCCUGCCGCCGCGACUUCGCCGACGGCGACCUGCACCGGGCCGGAGUGGCCGCGGAGCCCGCGCUGGCUCUCGGCUUGCUCAGCAAGUUCACCGCCCAGCGGCUGAGCCCCGUCUACCGGUUCCCGCACGCCUCCUUCCAGGAGUACCUGGCAGGCACGCGGCUGGGCAGCCUGCUGGGGUCGGAGGUCGCGGCGGAGCGGGAGGAGGGGUCCUCCGCCCUGAGCCGGGUGCGCACCUUCCUCGAGCUCUUCACCCGCUACCGUUACCUCCUGGUGUACGCCGCGUGCCAGUGCGGCCAGGCCGCCUCGCUCAUCGCCGCCCACGUCCUCGACAUGGCCCGGAGGCCGUCGUCCUUCGACUGCGGCGCGGACACCAGCCUCGCCCUGGCGCAGCACCCCGAUUUGGAGCCGUACCGCGACCUCUUCGUCCAGUGCUCCCAGAUCAUGGAGCCCGGGCAGCUGUCGGACGUGGCCACGGGCCCCCUGCUGGACUUCGUCCUGUUGCUGACCAAGGCGGAGACCCGGGCCUCCAUCGCCCCGGUCCUGCGGGAUUUCCUGAGCGGGAAAUGCUUGACCAUGUCCACGUCCAGCCACCUCCGGCAGAGCACGUUCGAGUUCCUCAGGGUGUACCCCGAGAUGUUGACCGUCCUCGGCUCCCUGCGGGUCUCGGUCAGCGGGAGGAGGAAAGCGGCCGCGACCAGUUAUUCCGAAAUGGCGCAGGCCAUGAGCCACUUUGGCGCGCCCAAGGUGGAGGAGGACUACGCGCCCGCCUUCCAGAGCCUGGAACAGGUGUUCCUCAGCAACCGGGAGAAGGAAGAGCAAAUAAGCAGCUUCUCGGCCCUCGCCUGCCACAGCAUCCCGGACUCUUUCGUGUCGACGCUGUCUUCAGUCACGGCUCUCCACAAGGCGCCGGCGCUCGAGCUCCACGUCCGUUCCGUCGACGCUUUCCGGCCCGGAGACUCGGAGCGUCUGCUGCGGCUGUGCUCCGUCUCCGACCGGGUCGAGCUCACCGUCUGGGAGGCUCGCGGAGUCCUGGGGCAGCUGGGAGACGCCGUCGAGCGGCGCGGCGAGAGCUUCAGGGCGCUGUGCCUGCACCGGACCGCGCUGAGCCACCGCGAGCAGGAGCUGGUCACCGCCAUGAGCGGCCUGGAGGCGCUGGAGCUGAGCUUCGACGACGACCAAGCCCCGGAGUACCUGCUGAGCCGAUUGGACAAGUUGGAACACCUGAAAAAACUCAAGAUCGAGGUGAGGACUGGUUCGUCUCUGAGAAUCAUUGACCAGAUUUCCGAGGGCUUAGCGACACUGCAGAACAUGGAAAACCUCACUUUAUCUGGAGUCAACUGCAUGCAGGAUUCUUCAAAACUCGCUCACCACCUCCAGAAUUUUUCACAACUCCGAGUCUUCCACCUGAAGUGCACCAGCAGCUUCCCAGAGUUUGAGGAUCUCAGCCAGGCUUUAUCAUCGUGCUCACGUCUGGAGGAACUAGUGCUAAGUGCGCUUCACCUGUCUCCGAAUGAAACUUUGGCGUUCACUGCUUCACUGAGCAAACUCCAGAACCUCAGACUAUUGGAAGUUCCAGGCAUCAACUUUUCCAAUGCAGAGGAAUCAGAAGCUUUUGCUCGUGCUGUUGGCUCUCUCACACUGCUAGAAGUAUUUCACCAUUGCUACAAUGAUGGAAUAAUCACUGCUGCAUCCCCACUAACUCAACAGUUACCGAACCUGCAACACCUCAGGGAGCUCUCCAUCAAAAAGAUCAUGGAUGACCAGAGUCUGUUAGAGCUAGCCAAAGCAGCCAAAAGCGGUCAUCUUCGGAAACUGAAUGUUCUCGAUCUGAGCAUGAAUGAGGAGCUCAGCGACCUGGGCUGGAGGGAUUUCUUCCUGACCCUGGAUGACAUGCGCGAGCUGAGGGAUCUGAAUAUUUCCCGUCUGUACACCAACCAACUGAAGCCCCAGGCAGACACAUUCAAGGCCUUUGUGCAGUGUGUCUCUCGGCUCCCGGCCCUGGUGAUCAUCCGCAUGCUGAGCUGGAUGUUGGAUGACAUGGACUUCAACUUGUUCAACUCCAUGAAGGAGAGCCACCCCCAGUCUCGCCGCCUGUUCUUGUGGUGGCAAUGGGCGCUCCCAUUCACGCCUAUCAUCCAGGCCGACGAGUAGAAAUGGUUUAGGGUGUUGGCACAUGGAAGAUGCACCAUUCCAAGGGGCUGCUUUCCUCCCCUCACCAUCAUUCCUCCAACCCUAACCCUGGCUAAAGAAUGUUGAACCAGAGAUUUUGCCCUGGGAUGAAGAGAAAGGUGAGUUUUGAGAAGAUUUGUAGCUCAGGUUGAGGUUCUGAAUGUAGCUUUGUUCACUGAGUUGGAAGGUUUGUUUUCAGAUGUUUCACCACCAUAC